AAAACAAGUAUUUGGCUGAUAGUCAGUAGUCAGUUGUGAGUCUCAUGUUCGACAAGAUGGAGGCACGCGUAGAAAAUGAAAGCGAUUCAACCUCAAUUGAAAAAAGAGCAUCGCGUGAUUUCCGACGUUUUUCAUUAGCGAGUAACAAAAGUAAUAUCAACGAUAGUUUCUUAUUCAACGGACUAAAAAAUGGUGAAGUAAACGUGGACACCACGGCACUGAUUUGCUUGCUACAGUCGGUGGGAUUCCAGCUGAAAAAAUUUGAUAAAUUUUCCAGUGUUAAUGAGCUGAAGAAAAGCAAUUCUAAUAAUGAGCUUGUGCGUGUUACAAUUGAGUGCGAGGCCUCGGGAAUGCGAGCGGAUUUGGAGUACAGAAACCCUCAGUGCACGUGUCCGAAGGAAGACACUAAAGCGUCCUUGUGGAACGUUAGUGGGAGCGGUACAUUUCUUACUGGAAGUUCCUCGAGCAUCAACAACUUGGUCGCGGAUGAAAAAUUCAUCGAGUCGGGAAGUAAUUUGCUGCCUUCGCUAGACAAACAGACGAUUUCGCAGCUCGGAGAUUCAAUGGCCCACUUGAUAUUACGGGUUAACAAUCACGGAAAGCACGCUCGACAAGAUGGCGAGCUUCAGGAAGAUGGCGGUCAGGCUGCAGAGACAUCUUUCGGGCUUAAGAGUAACUCCGAUAGCAGUUUCCAGGAUUUGUCCUGGUCUACUUCUGUAACACGCUGUCAUACUCAGUCGGAGUUUUGCAUCAGGGAUGAAGUAAAAGACAGAAGAUUUUCCCUGAACCCAAGUCUGCCGAAAAUUGUAAAAACUCGACUGUCGGAGGAGAAAACUGCCUCAGGGCUAAUGAGGCAGUCAACUUUCGAGUUCAAGGAUGCAAUUGGAGAGCCAAGGAAGUCGCCACCGAAGAUUUCGAGCUCGCCGGUUACUGUUUGUUCUUCUUUGGGCCAGGUUUCUUUGUCAAGCGACGAAGAAGGUGUUGAAAAUUUCAAGAUCAGUACUCUACUUGGUAAAGCUAGUUUCUACUUGGAAAGGGCCCACAAAUUGUACUCCAUUAAGUAUAUUAAUGAUGAGUGCUCGUCGAUUGACUUCAGCAAUGCGCCGGGAGACGAUGUAUUUUUGAAGGCACGCAAUUUGUCACGAAGCUCAUCAAUAUCAAGUAGACGCUCAAGCCCAGUAACAGUUCGCAAGAAGAACCAAUCCGAUAACAAGAGCCCUUCUGUUGCAAAAACUUUGAUGAAGCCACAAAUCCGUCGCAGCCUCAGCACUUGUUCAGCAGCCUCACAGCAGAGUUCAAUAUAUUCUUCCUCACGAAAGCCAACAACGAUAUCGUCCGCCUUUACAGGAGUAUCUCCAAGAACGUUGAGUUACAUAAAUCAAAAUGCAACUCCGAAGCUACCUCCAAGAACACUCAGCACAGGAACACCCUCGUCGACUCAAAAGCUAGCUCUGGAUUUUGCUAAAAAGAAGACGAUACAGGCAACUUCUAGUAAGUUGGCUGCUCCAGGUACUAGGGCUCCGCCCAAGCCACCGACGUCUGGAGCUAGAAUAGUUGUUCCUGUAAGAAGUAGAAUAUCUCAUCUUGCUAAUCAAUCAGCUUCUGCUUCGACUUCUGCUGGGGCAAAUGAAGAGAAGAAAACACAUCUUCCUUCUUAUUCUCAAGGUCUGAGGAAAAGAAACUCGGUGAGUAUUAUUGAAAGCGAUUUAAAGAAUAAUAAUCCCUCUCCUGUCAAAGAUGGCGGCAAAAAGAGUUUUGGUUACUCGGCAACUUUUGGGCUGAAGAAAUAAAAAUUUUUUGCUAUUUCUUUCUAAUAAUUAACUA